CACGCUUGUAGUUAAUCAAAGGAAGUGCUCGGAGCUCAGCACGGCAGUGCAGCGGGCGGCGGUUCUCCGCGUGUAGUACUGCACCAUGAAGCUAAGUCUGCUGCUGCUGCCGCUGGCGCUCCAUGUGUGCUCAUGUGCGAGGAUCCUCGGUAUCAACCCCACACCAUCCAUCAGCCACCAGCUGCCAUUCCUCAUCAUCAUGCGAGCUCUUGCAGAGAGAGGACACGAUGUUACCAUCAUUACCACCAACCCUAUAAAGGAUCCACCUCCAAACACAACUCAGGUAGAUUUAUCAUUCAUGUAUGAUGUGAAGAAACAACACGACUUCUACAAAAUGUCUCUACUUUCAAAAGACGAAUUCGCUGAGAAGAUGAUACAAGCUGCUAAAAAUAGUUGUGACCUUCAGUUUAAAACCCCCGGUAUAAAGGAACUUCAAUUUGAGAAGAAAUUUGACUUGGUGGUAAUGGAAAUGUACCUACAGCUUUGUUACUAUGGCCUUGUGCAUAAACUGGGGUCUCCACCAGUUGUCGGUGUUUGGUCAGCAGAAAUAUACUCACAGCUACAUCGUAUGAUGGGCAAUCUAGUUCAUCCUGCGUAUAUGCCAGAGCUGGAGACAACCUACACGGACCACAUGACGUUCUGGGAAAGACUUGACAAUACUUAUCAAAUACUGAACGCGUUUUGGCUUGCUAGAAGAUAUGCAGCGGCUCAAAAUGAAGUAAUGAGGGAACAUUUCGGACACGAUGUUCCCAGCAUCUUUGAAUCGCAGUACAAUAUUAGUCUCUUGCUCGCAACUACUCACUUCUCCUCCUCCUAUCCAAAGCCGAUGCAACCGACCGUGGUUCAAAUGACUGGACUCCACAUUAAAGGAAAGCCGAAGCCGCUACCGCAGGAGAUACAGUCCUUCCUGAAUGGUGCGGAACAUGGAGCCAUAUACUUCAGUCUUGGUUCGAAUGUUAAGAGCAGAACUCUGCCAGAGUCUAUACGACGAGCACUGAUGGACGCCUUUUCCGAACUUCCGCAGAAGGUCCUUUGGAAGUUUGAGGAUGACUCUCUACCAGGGAAGCCAAGCAACGUCAUGAUCGCCAAGUGGUUGCCACAAGAGGAUGUUUUGUCUCACCCAAACAUUCUACUGUUCAUCACUCAAGGCGGACUUCAGAGUUUCAAUGAGGCAUCCUAUUACGGUGUGCCACUAGUCGGAAUACCUUUCUUUGGUGAUCAAGCAUACAAUGUGGCAAAAAUGGUCAGCGCUGGAAUUGGAGUCAAGCUGGACUUUCGAAGCAUCACACAACAGUCUGUCCUCCAAGCCGUGCGGACUGUUCUGGAGGAUCCCAGCUACCAGGAGAACAUGAAGCGCUUCUCAGCCGUCUACCGGGAGCACCAGAGCACGUCCCUGGAGAGGGCGGUGUGGUGGGUGGAGUACGUGAUCCGCCACCAGGGGGCCCCCCACCUGCGCAGCGCAGCCCUCGACCUGCACUGGUGGCAGCUGCUGCUGCUCGACGUCAUAGCCUUCAUUCUGGCUGUGGCGGCCGUGGCGGCGUUCGUCCUCUACAGGCUGACUCGGUGGUUGUUGACUUUGCUCUCUCGACCCAGCAAACAAAAGGAACAAUGAGACUGUUGCAGCAGAGCAUGUCAGAGGUCUGAUAUGAACCAAGCUGACUACAGAUUGUCUAACAGACUACAUCAGUAUUUUGAAAAAAAUAACGUAUGUGAAACGGAAAAUUAAGUAAUGACGUUGAUUUACUUAGAAAUCUGUGUGUGAGGUUCAUAUCCUGUUUUUUAAAACAGAUUUCUUAAAAACUUCCAGACAUUGGUCUCUGCAAGGAAAUCAAAUGUUGGAUGUUAUACUUCAUGCAAAAUUGUUUUGUUGACGAGGUUAACUAAACUUGUGAAAACCGAGAUAUACUUCUAUAGUUCCUGUAAAUGUAUAGUACAAUGUAUCUAGUGUGUAUAUUAUUUAUUACUCGAUUUUUACCGUGUUUGGUGGUGAUAGUGAAUUGUUUAUAACUCGAAAAAGGCGUGUGUGAACUGGUGGUGGCUGCUAUAUCAGAUGGUUUGGAGAUAGAUAUGUGUCAUGGAGCUUGUACAGUUACACCAAUAACAGCGCACAGUUCACUGCGGUUACACCGUAAGGGGUACUAUAAGCCAGGCACAUACCUCGACUGAAGAUGUGGAGGCCCACAUACAAAGAACUCCUUCACAUCUACCAAAAACAGGUGGCUGCCCAACUACAACCACCACGGUGGACAACUAUCAUCAAGCCUACGUCCAAGGAUGCUUAACAUUUUGGACUACUUCAAGCCAACCAGUCAGUCGCAGCAUAGUCAGCAACAACAAUCACCUCAACGUAAACAGCUCCGUCCACAGCCACGACUUUUCUCCCAGUCUCAACGACGGACUUCCGAGUGGAUAGCGAGCCCUGAACCACAACCACAGCACCUUGAAAACGACUUUACAAACGACAUGGGGCCCAUCACACCUGCUCUUACAGAUAUUCGGAAACUGCUGAUGACAAAGCUUCAGCAAAAUCUUCAAAGCAUACGCACCCUUUUUGAAUGUAUUAUAAAAGGAGUAGUCUCUCUCUGAAAUGGCUGGGAGACAACUCACCAGUUACCUCUUUUUCUGUGUAUGGAAAGCUGCACGAAAGAUGGAGCUUCAAAUUUCCAACUACAGACUAGAUGUAUUUGUUUCCGAGACGCGUUUAACGGAAACCACGUUGUUCAACCUGCGGAACAUGCAGGAAUGUCGGAUGGGUAGAGCUGGCGGCAGCGGAGGAAGCACUGUGGUAUUUAUCAAGAUCACCCUCACACUCUCCAUUGAAUACUUACGACCUAUGAAACGCUUGGAAGCGACAGCUAUCACAGUCCGCAUGGCCGUCGGGAAAGUAACUCAUGUCAUGACAUACUUACCAUCUAAAAAGGAACCCAUUCUGGAUAAUCUCCGUCUACUGACUGCUGCAGACAUGUGGCAGAGUACUGCGUGGCGGAAAUUUGAGUGUGAUAGAACAUGGAAUUGCAUUGCCAAAGGCCGACUCCUGUACGAUCUGUAAUAAAGAGUUGAUGGCACCCGGACCACCACGACCAGUGAGGAUAGUUCGUUUUUGCCAUCACAUGACCGAUAUUUUAGAUAUUCAUAUUGUAAAAAAAUCUCCGUCGUAACCUUUAGCUGAAGACCAUUAAUCACCUCUCCUGUCAUCAUCUGCCGGUUGUUGGAGUCAUUGAACGUCGAGCAUUUCCACACAGACUUUGCGUGAUGAGAAUAAUCAACUGAGACCAGUUCAACAGUAACAAGGUUAGACCAGCCCAAAUCGUGAGGCCAAGGAAGGUACUGACGACGCCUUCCAACCACCCACGAACAAAAUCCGGUCAGCUGGCAAACAGGCAUUCACUACUGCACUGAUACUGGAUCAGAACAUAGCACCAUUUCCACAAUUAUUACAAUAAUUAAACAUUCAAAGGAACUGGAGCAGAAGAGGAUGGAAGCAAUGUAGAAAUCUUGUUCAUAGUCAGGAAAUGAACAACCUAUUAAGAGAGCUCCGACAACGAGCUGUAGAAUGGAGGAAGGAAUAUUGGGAUGAUAAGACAGCACUUGCCUCUUCAACACAAAAGAACAGUGACAGACUGUCAGACUCCUUCGAUUAUCCCUACCUACCAAGCGUGCAGUACAAGAUCCGAGUGGACUUCCUUAAAACCAUCAGCUAAAGGAGAGUUCUAUGCAACUGUCUACGACCAGCAUAAGAUGCCCCGCCCCCAACCGCCGGCCUGGCACGAACAACAUCUCGGACGGGAAGGAGAACGACUAACGCAACUCCUCAUUGAAUGUAGAUUACAACUGCUGCAAGACUGAAUUACACUGGUGACCGCUCAGAGGGUCAAGAAAAUUACCUGCAAAACCAACCUGACUGGGACUAUAUUGGCGAUGUAGACCUAAGGCCUUUGCCACUAAAGCCUACAAAGCUACUUAGAACAAUCAUUUAAUAGCUUUCUUUUAUUGGGCUGCUUACCAGAGACCUGGAAGAUAGGUCAAGUCAGUCCAACCCCGAAGCCUGGGAGACAUCUUUUAAAACACGAAAAUCAUCGCCGGAUAAUCUUAUUAUCAACGAUAGGAAAAAUACAUGACAGAAUUUUUCUCAAUAGAAUUACCGCCCGACUGGAGCGAAACAACCUUAUUCGCGCAGAACAGUUCAAUUUCCAUGCAAAGUUGUCUGUCUGGAUAACAGAAUAUGUCCAAUCCAACUUCAAUACGUCCACCCAUCACUGGGCGUCAUUAUAGACAUUGAAAAGUCAUGUGACAAUGUAUGGUGCCUGAACCUCCAGGAGAAACGUUUAACAAACACUCUCAUUCAAGAAUGGAAUUUUCACUCUGCAGCGGAGUGUGUGGUGGUAUGAAAGUUCUCGGGAAGGAAUACGGAGGUGGAAGGAACAAGGACACUCAUAGUGUACUAUUUCUUUCUGAGUAUGCACUAUUGUUCUCAAAUGUACACAGUUCUUUUGGUAUGGCUAUAAUGCUCCUUACAUAAAGAAAACCACAGCUCAAGUGUGUCUACUACAGUAGGUGGUAUCCACUCGUAACAAAACUUAAUGCCUUAUUUGUGUGACUACUGUCUCUAACUAUAAAUAAAUGUUAUUCUGUAUUUGUUAAGACUCAGAAAUAAACUACGGAAGUAAUAUACCAUUAAAAACAAUUUU